ACGUGUAGGGGGGAGCAUGCACCUGAUUACUAAAGCCACUGAUUUCGUGCUUUCUUACUUGUUUGUAUUUUUGCUCGUUAUAACUACUGGUUUGGUACUUUAGUUUGUCCGGUGGCUCGGCAUUGUCAAAUAUAACAGCCGCCACUAUAGAAGAUCUGUCAUUAUGUAGUGUUCUUGAUUUCAGGGGGAGUUCGUACUGCAUCGUGUGCGGGGAACAGCGAACAAGGAUGGACGUGUAUAUUUUUCUUUUCUUAGGAUUGUUUUCAAGAUUAACUGGAACAUUUGGACAGAAGAGCUACGUUGCUGAAACUUCAAACGUCUUUACGACAGCCUUUCUAAAGUACAAUAAGCAUUUCCGGCCCUACAACGAGUCUUCUAGUCCGCUCCUGGUGAAUGUUCGAUUUGAUUUUGUAAAAGUUCUAAAGGUAGACCCCGAGAUUCCGAGUAUGACUUCCAUAGUGGACACCCGAUUUCAAUGGGUUGACGGGCGACUUUACUGGUACUCUGACAUCAUUAAGCAUGUAACAGUCAACAGUACUGAAGUGUGGACACCUGAUGUAUAUUUCCUAAAUAUGGAGUCGCAGCCACAAGUACUAAUCAAUCCCCGCUUUCUGACCAUAGAGUCUACCGGGAAAGUGUAUUGGUACCAGCGGACCAAACUCAUUACGCCAUGCUCUUCGGAAUCUAACGGAGACUUCACCUGUCCCGUGACUUUCGGUUCUAUGCAGUUUCCUCAAAGUGAACUCGACUUUGACCGCAUAGAGUGUGAAUAUAGCAAUGCAAGCAGCAAAAGAGUCAAAAUGACAGCUCCAACAGCUCCAAUAGGGUGGUCCUCCGCGAGGAUGAACAUGCACUUUAAACCCGUCACUCCAAGGAAAGCUGAGACAGGAAUGUACUUCAACCUUCAUAAAAACGUGAAGAAGUCUCUACUGCCUAAAGAAGUUCAAAACAUGGAAACACAAAGUGUGGAACUUGCUAGACAGAUUCUUCACCGCCAACGACAAAAGUCCCGGAUAACCCGCGAGAAAUACAGGCAACUCGUCUCUCAAGGUUCUUCUCGGUUCACAGUCGUCAAUUCCGAGCCGGGAGGUCGUACAAAUUUUUCCGAGGAUUUUUCUAGAAGUCUUUAUCUUCCGCCCGUCGGGCGCCAAAAGCCAAAUACACCUAUGACCCCUGGGUCAAGGUACACUGCCGAUGACGUCAGAAGUAUUGUGGAUAGACUGUCGACAUACGAUCCGUGUAAAGUUCCGGAGUCUAGGGGACAGUUUAUAAAAUUACCGCCCCCUAUCGUGUACAAGAAAAAAUACAGCGAAAACGAGGUUCAGUCAAUCGUGGACCGACUAUCAGAGUAUAACCCAUUGAAAGGUCCAGCGGAAUCAAAAGGGAUUCCCACCAUAGUUCGCAGAAUCCCACGUCAGAGUAUGGUUCCACCGCAGAAGUGCACUUCCGAUGAAGUAGAAGACAUCGUUGAAAGAUUGUGUAGCGUUCAUUUUGAUAUUCCUGAAAGAGAACAUCGGUACGUGCCAACACCCUAUCCACUCUCUGCACGAUCGUAAGAUGCAUCCAUCAAUUCAGGAAAGAUUUCGAGGAAAAAGCCUUAAUGUGUUUGCAGCCAGAUGCAAAUGGCCAGUGGAUCUGUUUGGAACUGAAAGCUUGUCCGCGUUUUCGUGAGAAAAGUCCUUUACCGACCAUGCUUGUGGAUUU